GGUGCAUAAACUCAUUUAUUUAUUUGGAACUCAGAGUAUUAAGAUAACUAGACGCAUAAUUAGAAUUCCACAAAGAGUUUCUUUGAUACGGCAUUAUAUGCACGUAGACGAAAGAGUAUCUUUUUUCUUGAUACUUGCAGUGAAUAGAACGGAUUUGCUCAUCGGAAAUAUCCAACAGUUGUCGUUUAUCUAGUACAUGAAAGUUAUUACGCUAUUUUGUGAAUCCUUUCUUAUCACACUCAUCCAGUUUUCGUUUUUUCAUAUUCAUCGUUUUAUUCUCAGCAAUUUUGUUUUUCAGUAUUAGAAGAAAGCAGACAGUACCAUGAAACUACCAGACGGCAUGGAGAACGAGUGUAAUAGUACCACUGAGAAUCAGGAUAUACCGUUAAAGAUAAAUACGAGCGAAGGGGAGCAAACUCAAAAUAGUAAAACGGACAAUGUUAGAAACUCAGAUCAGAAUGGUCUCUCGCAAAAUGACCCUGAAUCAUGCCAAAAAUCCAAUUUGAGGGAUUCUGUGAUAAGCGAGGGGGAGCAAACUCAAAUUAGUAAAACAGACUCUUCAAUCGACAAUGUCAUAAACUCAGAUCACAGUGGUCUCUCGAGCAAUGACCCUGAAUCCAACCAAAUAUCCAAUUUGAUGGAUUCGGUGAUAAGCAAUAACCUUAAUCCGAACUCAAACUCAGUCGACAGUUCUUCGGAAGCUCCACUUAGUUUACAAACUCCCAAAAAGGAAAGCGUUAAAAGAAAAAUAACUUGGGUUGAUUCAGAUGCAAGCUGUAAUAGUCUGGAGCCUCAUUCACCAACUCUUGAAAGUGUACCGGAAAUAGUUCUGGAAAUGAAUAUAGAGGAACCAGAAGAUACCAAAAAGAAGCUUCAGCCAAAAGAAAUUAUGAAGAUGGAUGAAAUAACAGAAAUGUCGUCUCCCAAAACGAAAGAAAAAAAUCAGCCAAACGGAAAUGAACGUAAAUUGAAUGGAGAUGCAAUUAGAUGUAGUACGGCUAACCAAGAUUCACAUCAGUCAGAUGUCCGUUGGUUACAAUGGGUUCAAGAACAAUUUCGCAACAUGGCCGGAAAUGACACAGAAAUAAGCUACAAGAAAUUCAAAGCCGCUCUAAAAGUUAAAGAAUCUUUUUUUGCCGAAAGGUUCUUCGAAUUCUUUGACAAAGACGGGGAUGGUAAUAUCAAUUUGUUUGAACUAAUGGACGGAUUACGAAUGUUGACGCGUGGUUCUACCACAGAUAAGAUUAGAUUCCUAUUUAAUAUAUAUGAUAUAGAUGGUAAUGGUCAUAUUGAUAUUGAUGAACUUAAAACAGUCCUGGAGUCAUGUGUCCAGGAGAGUUCGAUUAAAAUGAGUGACUUUGACAUCGAUCGUCUGACUGAAGUAUUAUUUGAUUCUGCGGAUACUGAUGGAACCGGCCAGAUUACUUUUGAGAAACUUGAAGCUGUUCUCACCCAGCAUCCAGAAGUUCUAGAAAAUUUAACUAUCAGUGCAGCACAAUGGUUGAAACCAGGUGACACAGCAGCCAAGGAAAAACGUGAACUGCCUAGAUAUUUGCAAGGAAAAUACAUAAGAAACAAUUUAAAGAAAAUCAUUUUUUACAUUAUAUAUUUCUUGGCAAAUAUUGGACUAUAUGCCUACGGUGCUUAUAACUACAGAAAUUCAAACACUGCUAUCAUCAUUGCCCGUGGUAGCGGAAUGUGUCUCAAUUUUAACUGUAUGUUUAUAUUAGUGCUAAUGCUCAGAAAGUGUAUCACGUGGUUACGGAGCUGGCAGUGGGCGUACUGUAUUCUUCCCUUGGACCAACAUAUUCUCUUCCAUAAAACUGUUGGAAUAAUGAUAGCUGUUCACAGUGCUAUACAUACAUUCGGUCACAUUGGGAAUGCAGUGAUUGUGGGGCAGAGUGACGCUGGGUUAACGGCUGUUGAUGUGAUAUUUACAACUAAAGCUGGAUUGGGCUGGGUUGCCGGUACUGCACCUUUAACUGGUGUUGUAUUAGUGGUUAUUUUAGUAGUAAUGGUUAUAUGUUCCAUGUCCUUUGUCAGAAGAAGUGGGCAUUUUGAGAUAUUUUAUUAUACUCAUAUGUUAUACAUACCAUUCUGGAUACUGACAAUCAUCCAUGCCGGCGAUUUCUGGAAAUGGUUUAUAGUUCCUGGCAUUAUCUUCUUUUUUGAGAGUAUUUUACGAUCCAAGCCAAUGAAAUUAGCAACCCACGGAAGAACUUUCAUCAAAGAAGUCAAUCUGUUACCGUCAGGGGUCACUCAUCUAGUAAUAUCUCGUCCAGCUAAUUUUGAUUUUAAACCUGGCGAUUAUCUGUUUAUACAGAUACCAGUUCUAGCUAAAUCCGAAUGGCACCCAUUUACCAUAAGUAGUGCUCCAGAAAUGGAUGGUUUUUUGUGGUUACAUAUUAGAUCUGCUGGUCACUGGACGAAAUCUUUAUAUGAAUAUAUGGAAAAAUAUGGAACAGAUGUCUCGAAUAGACGAUCUAUUAAGGGUACAAUUAACAAAGCUUUCCACGACGGUCUCGAUAAAAUAGAGAAGGGAAUAAAAGAAGGUUCAGUUAACAGGCGAUCGACAAAACACAAUAGAAGAAGUACUGUACGAAGAAAGAAAGACACGAGCAAGAAAGUUCACAUUGAGGUUUAUCUUGAUGGCCCAUAUGGCACAAGUACGAGAGAAAUAUUCCAGACAGAACAUGCUGUAUUAAUUGGUGCCGGUAUAGGAAUAACCCCGUUUGCAUCCAUUCUACAGAGUAUUAUCUACAGAUUUAACUCCAUGGAAAGAACCUGUCCAUCAUGUAAACAUUUAUUUACAGAACCAGCUGCAGGCAGUAUGAUGAAACUUAAAAAGGUUGACUUUGUCUGGAUCAAUCGAGAUCAGAAAUCCUUUGAGUGGUUUACCAGUCUCUUGACACAGUUGGAACUGGAACAAGUUAAGCAAGGCGGCCGUCUUGAUACAAUUCUAGAUUUACACAUGUACAUGACAGCCGCUGUUCAGAAAGCUGACAUGAAGGGCAUAGGUCUUCAAGUGGCGCUAGAUUUAAUUCACGAGAAAGAACAACGAGAUUUAUUAACCGGUUUACGAACCAGAACCAAACCAGGACGACCAGAUUUUAAUGAGCUAUUUAAAUCUAUAGCCAGUAAAAAACAUGGAAAGGUCAAAGUUUACUUUUGUGGUGCUCCAGUUGUUGGUAAAACUAUUAAAGAAUAUUGUGAAAAGUUCAAAUUUGGAUUUCGAAAAGAAAAUUUCUAAAAUGAAUGUUAUGCAUCUAAAUACUGUGAUUUAUAUAUUGUUAUGUCCAAACCAGUUAUUGUUUAGAUUUGUUUUGUUGUUAUGAAAUGUUAAAUAUGUAAAUAAGUUAUUUUUUUAAAAUAAGUAAACAAUUAUCUUUUACCGAGCUUUUAAAACGAAUGCUCAUGUCAUUCUUUACUUUAUUUAUAUACGAGAAGCUAAGAUAGUUUGACUGAGAUUACUGAUGCAUAAUACAUAAUGAUAGUGAUUGUCUUUAAAUACUAUGUUUUUUAUGUUCAUUUUUGUAUCUUUUAUAUAUGCCUUUAAGAAGACAAUACAUGGCCCUGUCAAUACUUGUUUCGUUAUACAGUGAACAUUUUUAAAUAUUAACACAUUUCAUUUGCAAUUUUUUUUUCUUCUCAUAUACAUGUACGUAUUUGAAAUAUUUAAAGAUAAUUUUGAUAGGUGAUAUUUUUAUGAUAUGUACUGUAAAUAGUUAUAUUAUGUAUAUAAGUUAUGUAAAUAAUGUGGAUAGCCAUGAUUUUUGUUGUAUAUAAAGUUUCUUAAAUAAACAGACGGUGUAUAUCCCUCGAUCUUCUAUUUGAAAUUAUAUCGACGACUUUUAAAAAAAACCGUUUAGUUGCUUUUUUAAUCAUAUUUUUUUCAUAAUAAAAAUUAUUUUA